AUGGCCGGACUCAGCGAGUUGGCACGAGGCUACGCAGGCUGCCCACUUGGUAGCGGCUCGAGGCAGCAUCCUGAGGUGGAUGCACGACCACUUGAGGUACGACGGCUCUCCGGCGGCGGCUCAACACGAGGAGACCCUCUGGUGGCGGGUCAAGACGGGACAGCCCAGACGCGGCGAGGGUGGCUCAGGUCCGGCCACAGCGGAGCAACGUGGAGGCGGAGCGUCGAGGCGGCAGCGGCUGCAGAGGCGGCGAUGGCGGCCAGCGGCAGGGCCACGAAGACAGCGGGUCGACGGUGGCCGACUUGCGGGUGA